AGCCACAGUCUCGCCAUGCCUUCACGGCCACCGCUGAACAUACACUCAGGCUCCAUGGCUUUUCUAGACUAUCCUGGGAACUGUAGUGGCAUAUCCUACAGAACUCACUGUUAUUUCCCAGUGACUGCUUCUGUUGCUCUUUGCUCCAGCGAUGUAAGCCCUAUGUUUGGGCUCAGCCUACCCAGUAGCUACCACGGGAAUCUCUGGCUCCUGGAUAACUGCCAAGAAACGUGUGGGGAAGCACCAAGCUGUGAAUCUCCCAGUUCUGAGCCCAAGACCUGCACCACAACUUGUGACCGAUCAAACUCAUCUGUGCCCUGCAACUCUCCAACAGGGGGCCAGAUCUGCAGUGCCCAUGAAACAACCAACGUCGGACCCAGCCCCAGCUGCAAUCCGUGCCCUCAGACCAAGGGGUAUGUAUCUGAUGGCUGCACCCCCCUCCAAUGUACAUCCAAAGCUUGCCAGACCCUCGGCAAUGGCUUUAAAUGCUUUGGGCAACUUAACCGCUUAUCCAAGAGUUUCCAGCCCCUAGGCCACUACAGACUGGGCAGUUUUGGGUACAGAAGCUACCAAGAUCUUGGCUUCAUACCCAGUGGCCUCUCACCAUCACGAUAUAUCACCAACAGCUGCCAACGCCAAAACUAUUUAAUAAGAAAUUGCCAAUGUCCAUAUGAUUGGCACAGGAGAUGCCCUCCACUGAGCUAUUUUGCAAGAAACUUCCGGUCUCUAAGCUCUAUACCGAGUUCCUUCCCUCCUCUGAGGUAUUUAUAUGGUGGUUACAGACCUCUGAAUUGCUACCGAUCAACUUGCAAUUAUAGCUGCUAGAAAUUGUCUCAAGGUGCAAGUGCCGCCCUCUAAUAUUCCGCUGAAUUGCUUCAUGUGUUUCAAGAAUCAUGUUCUGUUAACCUCAAAUAUAACUCCAGGACUUAUUCACCUCAGCCAGUAUCACCAAUAGCUGUUUUUCUGUUGCUCUCUUAAUGCCCUUUGUGUUGAAGUCUGAUCCUGAAGGUAGCAUUGUUGUUUCUGAGAUUGAAUAUGAUGGACACACUGAAGAGAUUCCAUAUGAAAUACAGGCCAAUACAGCUUUCUUAUUGGGGCAGUUACUGUCACUUGUCUGCCACUGUGGCUAUCUGCGACCUUUCCUGAUGAAGUGGAGUCUCCUUGGUCUGACUGGUCAUUCCAGCACUUUCUUUCAAGAUCUUUUGCUUUUCUUUUGCUUUUCUAUCAGUAGUUUUGCUGCUUGCUUAACUAGCAUCUUUCUAAUAAGCUAUAAGGUAACAUCAUCUUAGGGCUUCCCAAGUGGCUUGGUAAUAAAGAUCCCGCCUGCCAAUGCAGGAGAUGUGAGUUUGAUCCCUGAGUUGGGAAGAUUCCCUGGAGAAGGAAAUGG